AUGGGCGACAAGACGAGGGCACGUACGUACACGGUCAGCGGGUCGUGCGGCGACUGGACCUGUGACGACCUCCUGCAGCGGGCCAAGGGCUGGUGCGACUGCGGGGCCUACAUCGGCACGAAGCCGCUGGGUCCAUGGGCGGCAUGCGCGGGCAGCGUGGCCGCAGCCAGAGCCGCUGGCAGGCAGAUGGGGCUCCAUUGCUGCAAGAGGUGCGUGCUGCGCUGGAGGUGCGCGGCGCCGUCGCUGGCGGCAGACAACUUCGUUAGGCUCAAGGAGGCCAGGACGCAGGCAGGCCAGAGGUGGCAGGCGCUGCAGGCCAAGUUGUCCAAGGUGCUGGCCUUGGAGAUGCAUCUCGAGGAGGUGCUAGCGGAGCGGGAGCUGGCGGCGGACACCUACGCUUACGCCAAGGCGGAGCUGCAGAAAAUCAGCACCAUGUACCUGGCAGAGGCGGUAGGGUCGGAAGAGGCAGAGGAUGAGACAGGCGCUGCGAAGUUCCUCGGGCUCGAGAUCCCAGACGACCUGCUGGAGGAGCUGGCCGAGGAGGGCAAUGGCACGCUGGCCGACGCGGCGAAGCGACGGGCUGAGGCGGACCGGAUAUGCAACCAGCUCUACACGCAGGUCGAGUCCAAGGCGGAGCAGCUCAAGCGGGUGGUCGACCAGGCAAGGGCGCGGGCAAG